AUGACGGUGCAGGUCUUCCCUAAAAAAUGCACUGUACCCCGACAGAGGUUAUUACACAUUGUGACCAAGCUUCACUGGAGCACCCAAGGGCUGCAGCAGCUGCUGUUUGGGGACACAACCCCGCUGUUCAGCUGGGAGUGGGUGGCAGCACACUUCAGGUUCCGCCAGCCACACUCCGACCUGGCCUACGCGCUGGAGGCAGGAAAGGGGGGAACAAGAGCUGUUCUGAUGGCUGUACAAGCACACAUCAUCACAUAUCUGCUCUUCACAAGAGACACAGAACAUACUCACCUGGAAAGGCUGUGCCGGAUCGGGCAGCGGGAGCAGGGACAGGCGCUGGCCGUGGCCCUGGCAGAGACCCUGUGGGCAGCAGGAGGAGGUGGCAGAGCCGUCGUGUGCCUCAUCAGCACAGCUGGCACCGUGAUGCCACGCACAGGCUGCAGAGCAGACACCUUCACCGAGAGAUUCAAAUGUGAAGGAAGCCAUGGAGUGAUCCUAUUCUUAUACAGUUUACUUUUCUCUAGGACACUUGAAAGGGUCCAGGAGGAUUUGGGUGACACAGCUCCUCUGCUGAGCGUCAGUUCUGGAAAUGUCACCUGCACAGAGGCCGUGCUCAGCCUCCUCCUGACGGGACGGGCGAGCACCCCGGAGCUCGGCGGAGGGGCCGGGGGGGCCCGGGGGCAGCGGGGCCCUGUGGGCUUCCUGCGCUGGGAGCGGCAGGUGAGCCCCGCGCUGCGGACGCCCCUCCUGCCCGUGUGGCUCUGCGGCGGCCCCGGCAGGUGCGGCGGCCCCGGCAGGAUCGGCGUCCUCUUCGGCACCGACAGCCGCCUGCUCUCCCACUGGAGAGCCGAGCGCCUCUUCCACCUGUACUUCUACAGCGGGCAGCGGGAGCAGACCCGAACGGCCCGCCUGACGAUAGACACUCACUCGCAUCACUGGGAAGAGGCCCCAAGUGAAGAUGCCUGCAGCCCAGGGAAGAGGCGUCCAGCCCUGGAGAUGGCAAUCAGGACCAAGUGGGCAGGUGCGACCGUCAGCUGGAAUGGGACAGGCCCCUUCUCCUGAGGAGCAGGAGGGACCCCUGCUCCUGAAGAGUGCUGGCAUCCCCCAUGCACUGCCAGCUCCACCAGUCACUGCGGCACAGAGAACAAAAACACCUUCCCCAG